GCAGCACAGAACAGCGUGAAGUAUCGCAGGAUAGUGCUUUGCUUCUUGCAUAUAAAUUUAACGAUUGUGUUGUUCGUAGUUCCUGCGAAAAAAAAGCAUUAAGAAAUGAAAAUUCUGGCAAUAUUUUGCUUGUCGUCUUUGAAGGUAUCACUUGAAAAUAUUUUUCUACUGUGCCAGUUUCAGAUGUGAUGUUGCAGCAGUUCUUGUUUUGACAAGAAAGAUGGUACGCGUUGGUGUUACAUGAACGUAUAAUGCCGCCCAAGUUUAAGAAAACUGUGCCUCAAGAAGAUUUAGUGGCCGCCAAAGAUGAGGAAAGAGCUUCACUGUUGGAACAACAAAGUGGAAGUGAGGAAGAUGAAGGUUUCUUUCUUAAUUCUCCAUCAACAAAACGUGAAAAGAAAACCUUAGAAAACGAACGUAUUAAACAAGUCCAUGGUCAGAUCACCGAAGUAAUUGAAACAUUAAGAGAUAAUGUGAAAAUCAUAGACAGAGGCAAACGUCUUGAAGAACUACAGGACACAUCAGACAGAUUGACAGCUGCGAGUAUAGAUUUCAGGGAAGCUUCUAACCGAAUGAAAAGACGUGCCUGGGCUCAGCAGAUGAGAACGCGAGCCGUAUUAAUUGCAGUUUGCAUCAUACUAUUGGUGGGUUUGAUAGUUCCAGUCAUCGUCCAUUAUUCCCGAGCCUGAAGACAUCUCUGUGUUCGAAUAUUUGAAGAUAAUGUCUUUGAACUUAAAUAGGAUGUGUGUGUCCUGAAGUGUUCUGCGUUCUGAAUAGUUGGAGAGUAGUUUUAACCGUUCCAGUGUAUAUUACAGCUUAACUUAUCAGAACUUACAUGUUUUCAGUUACCUCUGUUUAACUGUGUUUGUUGGGUCAUUGGCACAGUCACAUUAUGUCACACUUAAUCAUUAAGCCUGCUAGUGCUUACUCAAUAAAUUGAAUUAUCUUGCCAAAUAAUCCAGGCUGUGCACAUUAUGGCAAUGUUAGAACAGUAAGGUCAUACAGACUGUACAGUGAGUUGUCAAACCAAGCUUCAGGUUGGAAACAUUGAAUAAAUCGUGUAAACUAGUCACAAAAUUUUUUUCAGUUAUGUGACAGAAUUCUGUGAUUCCAUCAACAUACAUGUGCAUAUAGCUAUUCAUAAAUAAAUUAAUAUGUGCACAAUUCA